AUGUCUUAUCUUCGUCUUGGCUGUUUCUUCUUGACGUCCCACUCCAAUCAGAGUGAUGUCUUAUCUUCUUCUUGGCUGUUUCUUCUUGACAAUUCCCAUUCCAAUCAGAAUGAUAUCUUCGUCAUAUCUGUUUCUUCUUGUCCCUCUCUUUCACUCCCCUCUCUCCCUCUGUCUUUGUCUCUUCCGCUUCCUCUCUCCCUGUCUCUGUCUAUCUAUCUGUCUGUCUGUCUGUAUCUAUCUAUCUAUCUAUCUAUCUAUCUAUCUAUCUCUCUCUCUCUCUCUCUCUCUAUAUAUAUAUAUAUAUAUAUAUAUAUAUAUAUAUACGACGGGAGAGUAGCAUUAUCUAUCUAUCUAUCUAUCUAUCUAUCUAUCUAUCUAUCUAUCUACUCAGUCUACUCACAUAUCUAUCUAUCUAUCUAUCUAUCUAUCUAUCUAUCUAUCUAUCUCAGUCUACUCAUAUAUAUCCCAGCCUAUCUAUCUAUCUAUAUAUAUAUCUAUCUAUCUGUUUACUCAUAUCUAUCCCAGGAUCUAUAG